UGCCGGCCGGUUUGGUCGGUUGCGGUGGCCUCGCCGCCCAGUCCGCUGUCGCAGCGCCCAUCCGCGCCGGGAGCCCUUGGCUGCGUCGCCCGGCAGCCGCGUUCACCGAGGGUCACGAAACCAUGGAUAAGGGGAGACUACAGUAGUUUCUUUUCCCGCUGUGUUAUUGAGACUUCAAAACUAACCAAAUUGUUUGUUGAAUGGAGUUGUCCAAGGUGUACAGAAUGACAGCUAUAACACAAAGGCCUGCGUCAGUGUAGGGUGACAGGAAGGGUCUCUGCUGCACUCUGCCUCAGGAAAAGCAGCAUCUGUGGAGAAUCUGAACUGAGGAGGAAGCCCUGCCCAGCAGCCUGGGGGCUCCCAGGGAUGUCUGCUGCAUGGAGACCACAGAAACCUGUGGUGGGCAGAGAGUUACAGUUUGGCUGUGUGUUGACCGCCCUCACAUAGGCUCUACCAGCAGCCAAGGCGGUGUCUGGAGAUGACUGUGUGUGUGCCUAGGGCACAUAGGCCCGGAGACACCGCCAGCCCUUUAUGUUGUGAUCAGGGCUGGCAGGAGGCUCUGACUACGGCUGUGGGAAGGGGACGUAUGCGCUGUCCUCUUUCUGAGCGCUGCUCUGCUGGGAGUUGUCAUCUGGGAGCAGUCAUGGAAGAGGACCGCCCCCGCCUCCCAGGUACAAGCACAGGCUCCUCUGCACUCCGACUCGCUGUCCCCUCAUCUUCCCAGAGCCCAGGCACUGCCUGCUAACCCCAGACCUUCUAUGGUCCCCUUAGGACUCUUGCCCACCAUUGGUCCUGCUGGCUGGCCCCGCCCAGACUGGGCUUUCUCACAGGGGACCCAGCUGCCCUUCUGCCCCAUGAGGAGUCACUGGCUUCCCCGGCCUCAUCCCUUACUGCCGAGUGAGGGUCUGGUUCUUAGAGCCCCUUGUGUGUGAACAUGUAAAGCUUGUGGCUGUGAGGUGUGUUUGGUAAGAACAGUGCACAGCUUUCACCAGAUUCUCAGGAGGGCCAGUGGCCCCCUCUGUGUCAACAAGUUGAAGAGCCAGGGUCAGUCUGGCUGCCACUGAGGGCCAGGCUGCAUCCUUGUGCGCCUGGGUGGCCUGACUGCAAGGAGAAGCCCUCGCUCAGUCCUGGACACACGGUGCGGAUGGUGUGGCGGGUCAGCCCCACAGGGCUGCCUCCUCUGUCUUAGGUUCUCAGCCUCAGCCGGUUCAUGUUGAGGGCCAGAAGAUUCCUCACGGUGGGGCUGUGCUGUGUGUUGCAGGAUGGUUAGCGAUCUCCAGGCCUCUCCCCACCAGAUGCCAGUGGUGCUCCCACCCUUAUCAGUUGUGACAACCAAAAAUGCCUCCAGACAUUGCCUGAUGUCCCCUGUGGGCACAGUCUUCCAAGGGAGAACACCUGCUAAGCCCCGUAGGGCUGGACCCUGCAGCCCAGGGAGCUCAUUGCUCGCUGCCUCAGUGUCUGUCUGUGGAAAUGGUCUAUCAAUAGGAGUGACCCCACGGCCUGACUGUGAAAACUAAAUGAGAUCAUGUAAGGGGCGUAGAGAACUGACCUUCGUGAUCCUGAGCCACCGUCUGCCGCCCGCUGGAGAUGCCCUGCUGUGCUGUGCUUCUCGCCCUUCUCCUCCCUCCCAUGCUCUUCCUUGCCAGCACUUUCAGCCCCUUGCGGUAGAGUUGGAUUAAGCAGGUAUUAAUACUUCAGUUCAAGAAAAUUGUGAGGCAGGGGAGCUUGCCAAGCAUCUCUCACGGAGCAGAUAUUCUGAUCUGAGCCUUUGUUGACCUGGGUAGCAGUCUGGUGCCUGGGGUUUGCUAGGCCUGCAUUGGCCCCUCCUGAGCCACCUUUUCCGGACACCUGUGCAGGCUCUGAAAGGCGCCUGGGCAUGGAGCUCGCCUCACUCAACUCUAACUUUUCUGCGUUUGUUUAGGGAGCAUUUCCUGAAGACGUGGCCAUGCAGCGCAUCAGCAACUCCCAGAGCAGCCAGCACCACGUCCAGUGGCCCAGGGCCUGCCCCGGCACGGGCGAGGAGCAGCCAGCAUGCUCCCAGCCACCCCCGCCCCUCACGCUGCCAUCCCCCAGCCACCAACUGCAGCAGCUGAUGCAGGUCCAGACCCAGAGCCCCACGCAGCCCAGCCCCGGGCCGGGGCAGGCCCUGCAGAAUGUGCGUGCAGGGGCUCCUGGCCCUGGGCUGGGCCUCUGCAGCAGCAGCCCCACGGGGGGCUUCGUGGAUGCCAGCGUGCUGGUGAGGCAGAUCAGCUUGAGCUCAUCCAGUGGCGGACACUUUGUGUUUCAGGAUGGGUCAGGACUCACCCAGAUCGCCCAGGGAGCCCAGGUUCAGCUCCAGCACCCGGGUACGCCCAUCACAGUCCGAGAGCGGAGACCCUCCCAGCCCCACACACAGUCAGGGGGCACCAUCCACCACUUGGGACCCCAGAGCCCUGCAGCCGCGGGUGGGGCUGGCCUGCAGCCCCUGGCCAGCCCAAGCCACAUCACCACGGCUAACUUGCCACCACAGAUCAGCAGCAUCAUCCAGGGCCAGCUGGUCCAGCAGCAGCAGGUGCUGCAGGGGCCGCCGCUGUCCCGGCCCCUGGGCUUUGAGAGGACGCCCGGCGUGCUGCUCCCUGGGGCUGGGGGCGCAGCAGGGUUUGGGAUGACGUCCCCACCCCCGCCCACCAGCCCUUCCAGGACUGCCGUGCCCCCAGGCCUUUCCAGCCUCCCACUCACGUCUGUGGGGAACGCGGGAGUGAAGAAGGCUCCCAGGAAGUUAGAGGAGAUUCCCCCAGCCUCUCUGGAGAUGGCGCAGAUGAGGAAGCAGUGCCUGGACUAUCAUUACCAGGAGAUGCAGGCUCUGAAGGAGGUCUUCAAGGAGUAUUUGAUUGAACUGUUUUUCUUGCAACACUUUCAAGGGAACAUGAUGGAUUUCUUAGCUUUCAAGAAGAAACAGUAUGCACCAUUACAAGCAUAUCUUAGGCAGAAUGAUUUGGACAUUGAAGAGGAGGAGGAGGAGCACUUUGAAGUCAUUAAUGAUGAGGUAACAGUUCUCUGUUGUGGCCAGAACCACGGGCAGCCUGGCACUCCUGUUGCCAUAGCAACCCAGCUUCCCCCGAGGACUUCCGCGGCUUUUCCAGCCCAGCAGCAGCCGCUCCAGCCCCUGGCACCCACCACUGUACUGUCUGUCUCUGCGGAUGGGAAUGCACUUCUCAAGCCACCUAACAAAUGCAUAUGGGGACUCCAGUACCUGGAGAUGUGAAUUCCAUAAAAAUGGAAGCAUCUAAGAGGCAGUGAACACUGGCGCCCACAGGUAUGUAGCAGUCACCCAGCAUGAAGUCAGCCUGUAAACAAAAAGGAAACCAUUCUAGCCUUCUAGCAGUGUAUUUUCCAACUUUUUUCAUUUUAAGUAAGUCAACAAAUAUGUACCAAAUGGCUUCUGUGGGCUCACGGGCUCACCCCUGUGCCUCCUCUCAGUUCUUGCUUGGAGCAAAGUGACUUUACACUCAGCCAUCAUUUUAGCCAGUUAGAGCCUUGGGCUGGAGGCAUGGGAGGCGGGCCUGGGGAGGCCAUGGGCACUCAUGGAGUGGCAGGGCCUGGGCCUCAGCUCUGUGCCCAGGAGCUUCCCCAUGCCAGCCAGGCACAUCAGAAUCUGGCACAUGAGUGUCCCCGCACUCACUGUCCAGCCACCCCCCUUGAUAGCAGGAUCCCUGGGAGCAGCCACUUGGCAGUGGGCAUGGACUCAGAGCAAAGCAAGAUGGGUGCCUCAAGAGCUUGGUCCCACUCAGGCCUGAGACUGACUCCCUUCCUGGUGAGGAUCAGAGAGAGGAUGUUCUGCCCGCAAUGCGUUCUGUGCUAUUUCCACAUUCUGUGCUUUUUCCCUGUUCUGCACCAGGGAUAAUGUAGCAUGAACUUUGAAGGUGGAACGUGGCUCACUGUACUGUGAUUGGAUUUGAUGUCACAGAUUCUCCUUUGAUGUCAGAGGCCUCACCUAGAAGUGGGCCAUCCUGGGAUGGGUUUACAGCACCUGGAGGUGACAUCAGGUGUUCCUCUCCAGCAGUCAAUGCCGACAGCACAAAGUAUCUGUGUGCCAAAGUACCUGGCAGGUACUAGUCCAGGAGUGGGCUGUGGGAGCCGGGAGCCAAUGAGGCUCUGAAGCUACCACACACUCUGUCAUCUGUUGAUUGUUCCUGGGCAGAGUGGGCCCUUGCAUCUGUUUAUUGACCCAGAACUGGGCACAGGCUGGCGGUGUCUGUGCAGACUCAUAGUUUCUCCUACAGGUGAUUAAAAACCAAACUAUCAUGAGUUUUCAUAUAUUUUCCUUUUUCCAAGGAGAAGCAUUCUUUUUUUCUCUAUGAUGAUCUCAGGCUGUCUUCACACACACUGUUGUUUGCUCUGUGGGGGCCCGUGCUGUGAUACUCCGAGUGUGGGCUGCAGCGUGGUCAGCCCUGCCCUCGCUGGCUCUGGGGAUGUUGCCAUUUGGCGUCACCUCACCUAUCUCAUUUGUCUCAUCUGUAAAAUUGGAACAACAGUGAUAAUCACACUUCUCAAGUCUGUUCUGAGGACUGACACUGUUAUAUCUGUAAGGUGCUUAGCACAGCACCAUGUUGUAAGCACAUAAUGUCAGUUAAUACCAUACUAAAAAAUUAACAUUCUAUAAAUUUAAUGGCAAGCUUUAAUUUUUUUUUAACAUAUCCAACUUUUUUGCUAUAAACUUAAGGGGUACAGGAGCAGUUUUGUUGCAUGGACAUACUGCAUGGUGGCGAAGUCUGGGCUUUCAGUGCAUCCGUUAUUGGAAUAACGUAAUCAUACCCACUAAGUAAUUUCCCAGCAUCUACCCUCCCCUCACCCUAUACCCUUCCAAGUCUCCAUUAUCUCUCAUUCUACACUCUACAUCUGUGUGGACGUGUGAGUUAGCUCCCGCUUACGGGCGAAAAUGUGCGGUGUUUGUCUUUCUGUGUCCCAGUUGUUUCACUUAGGAUGAUGGCCUCUGUUUCCAUCCAUGUUGCUGCGAAGGACAAAGUUUCAUUCUUUUUUAUGGCUGGAUAGUACUCCAUUGUGUAUAUAUGCACCACAUCUUCUUAUCCAGUUGUCUGUUGAUGGGCACUUAGGUUGAUUCCGUGUCUUUGCUGUUGUGAAUUGUGUUGCAGUAAACAUGCGAGCGCAGGUAUCACUUCAAUAGAAUGAUUUAUUUCCCUUUGGAUAUACACCUAGGAGUGGGACUACUGGAUUGGACAGUAGUUGUAUUUUCAGUUUUUGGAAGAACUUCCAUUUUAUUUUCCAUAGCGGCUAUGCUAAUUUACACUCCCACC